AUGGUCGGAAUUCCAUGUCCAUAUCCUCCGAUUGAGUUAUCAGCUGUUAUUCCCGAGAAUGUUCCACUCCAACUUCAUACGGCCAUCUACACUGCUGAAGACCUGAAAUCGGAUCAAGGCCUAGUACAUGACCUAGUCAAUCUCAUCAAUGCGGGUUUCUAUCGUCCUGCGCAUUUUAGUGGGAAUAGAUUCGAUGACUAUGGCGGAUUAUGCGAGACCCUGGGCUCAGAUGGUCUCUGCGCAGUAAUGUGGGAAGAGCUCAAAGAUGAUGAGAUCUGCCGAAAAGACGAAGUGGACAAUGUCGGCACCGAAUGUGUACUUGGUGCCAAGCUUCAAAAUGGCACCAAGAGAAUAGCGGUUGCAAGCGCUUCAGCAAAGCCAAAAGCUACGGAUAAUGAGUUUGGCAACAAUUUUGAAGUGUUCGCAGUCGUUUCAUACAAUGCUCCUAGAUAUCGCCGGAAAGGACUUGCCGAGCAGUGUCAACGGCUUCUGGAAGCCGAACUCGUUAAUCGCUUGAGUACGCCCUCCCAGAUCCAGCAAGGGCUGAAUAUCUGGCUGUAUGUUGCUGAAGAGAUUAAUGGAAAGUAUUGGCGAGGUAAGGGUGGAUAUGAGAUUAUCUCAUCCGGCCCAGCUCCGAAUGGUCUAUGGACCUCGAUCAGGGAAUUUACCUUGACGACUAUGAGGAAAAACAUAAAAGUUUCUGGCUCUAGUACGCCAGAUGAACAGUCGGAGAUACAGGUGGUUGCUGUCUAA